AACACAUAAAUACCAGCUCAGCUGGAACCUUCGCAGAAGAGCGAGCACCGUUUGGCGUUUCCAACACUGCACCAUGAGGACCCUGUUGCUGCUGUGCCUGUGCGCCUACGUGGCCUGGGCUCAGGACGAUCUGGAGUUUGACGACUACGAGACCGAUACACAAGACGUCACAGGAAACGGAACGAAUUCAGAUGUUAAAGCUCGAGGCCACCGUCCCGUAACGUCAGGCACAGGUCAUUACACCCCCAGAUAUGUCCACCCCCCAGUCCAGGGGGCCAGCAGGUAUCGUGGUCGUCCCACGCCUCCUCCAGUCAGAGGAUCUCACACACAAGAGAAGGAGGUGAUGCCAGACGCUGGAGGAUGCACGCACGCAGCAGAGACGAUGGGGGUUUUGUGUCCCACCGGCUGUGAGCUGCAGACGAUGCUGCUGAAACAGGAGAGGAACGUCAGAAUGGGCAUUAAUGCACUGAGGCCUCACGUGGACGAACUGUCCCGAUCGACCAACAACAUUUUCAACUACGUCAACAGCAUGUCUCACUCUCUGAGGGAGAGGCAGAAAAUUGUCUACGACAACAGCAGAGUGGCAGGUGAAUACACUGAUCAAGUGGAGGAACAACAUGCUUACAUCAAAGAAACAGUGGACACCGUCUUCCCUUCCAACAUUCGGGUCCUGCAGGGAGUUCUGGAGAAGAUAAGACUGAAGAUCCAGAAGCUGGAGAAGGCCAUUCAGGGCCAGAGAGAGGCCUGCAAGGAACCAUGCAAGACCAAGUGCCCAGUACCUGUGGUUUCUGUGAAAGAGUGAGAGGACAUCUACCGUCGUGGAGGACAAGACUCACAGAUGUACCUGAUCCAGCCAGACUCGUUCUUCCCAUCCUACAAAGUCUUCUGUGACCAGACCUCACAGAAUGGAGGUUGGGUCCUGAUUCAGAACAGGAUGGACGGCAGCAUUGACUUCGGUCGACGCUGGGACGAUUAUCGUCGAGGGUUUGGCAACAUCGCUUUUGAAAGUGACAAAGGUUUCUGUGAGAUUCCAGGUGAAUACUGGUUGGGUAACGACAGAAUCAGUCAACUGACCAAAUUGGGCCCCACUGAGGUUCUUAUUGAGAUGGAAGACUGGUCAGGAGAUAAGGUCUACGCUCAGUACCGCCAGUUCACCGUCCAAUCAGAGUCCACCAGCUACUUGCUAGCGGUGGAUGGCUAUUCUGGAAAUGCAGGCAACGGCCUCAUGGAGGGAGCCUUGCAGUUGUUUGGUGAAAACCGCACCAUGACCAUUCACAACGGGAUGAUGUUCAGCACCUACGACAGAGACAACGACAACUGGAUCCCAGGUGAUCCGUCCAAGCAGUGCUCCAAGGAGGAUGGAGGUGGCUGGUGGUACAACCGCUGCCACUCAGCCAAUCCCAACGGCCGAUACUACAUGGGGGGAGCCUAUACCAGCAACAUGGCCAAACAUGGCACGGACGACGGUGUGGUGUGGCUGAACUGGAAGGGGGGCUGGUACUCACUGAAGGCCAUCAGCAUGAAGAUCAGGCCCUUCUUCGCCUCCAGAUGAGGGCGCUGCCACAGAGACACACACAAACGACAGACGCUAGCGUGAUGUUCUCGGGAAAAUAAACACUUUAACACAAAUCCGAGUGGACUUGUGCUAGUAAUGAGAAAAAGGUUUUGAUAGAAAGUUGUGGAAAUGAAAAUAUAUAUAUAUAAUAGAUCUUUUUUUAAAGUGUGAUUUUUCACACAGACACAAUUUGUAAGAAAACGCUCUGUGGUCUGUGGGUCUGUGGUUUGUGUGUUUGUUGCUGUCAGCUGAGUCACACGUCAGUUUCCUGUAAUAAACACUGACAAACAGCC